CAUCGUGUAUAAAAGAUUUUUUAGCCAACAUAAGUUUGAAAAAGUUGUAACAUAUUUUUUUACAGAAUUUACUUUAAAAUUUAAACAUUUUGCGGACGUUUGUUCCGGGUUGAUCGUCCAGAGCAGAAAUUUUGACAUUGUUGAAGAGUUAGUUCGUAAAGUUUGACGGAACAUGCAACAAGUUCUUUUAUUCGGAUUCAUUUGCAUUUGGUACGCUUCUUGGUGCCUAGCAUUUCAUGAUGAUUAUGACAGUAAUAGCAACAGUUGGGAGGAACAGAGGGCAGUUUUCAAAAAGGACGAUUCAAAAAAUUAUCCCGAUUAUUAUGUAGGGUUGAAAUACAAUGACUAUCCGACUAUAGUUCCAAGAAAAAGGACGGCAAUUUUCUUGGACAGAGUCAUGAUGGCUCUUCAGAGGGCCAUAGACGAAGAGGAAAAGAUUGCCGCAGCUGCAGCUGCUGCUGCAUCUUCCGUUGCAGAUAAUAAAAGUCGAACAAAAAGUGUAGGACCAGAAGCACUUCGAUCAAUGGACUUGCAACGAAGAGGUCACCAAGAUAGUAUGCAAACACAACAGAAGGGUCGAGUGUACUGGAGAUGUUAUUUCAACGCAAUCACUUGCUUCAAGUAACACUGAGGAGGAAUUAUGAUGUAUAUAAUAAAGAUAAAAAAGUACUUAUAUGAAAACCACAACAGAACGAUGAUGAUGCACUUUUCUGUUAGGCGCAGAUGUGAUAACCAACCCACUUCAGUAUUUUGUCGUCAUUUUAUUAUAUUAAUUUAUUAUUGUAUGUAAUAUGUAUUAAUGUCUAGUAUUGCUUUGAUGUGAAUUGUAUCUGUUUUUACUUGAACGAA